UUCUUCCUUCUCUAUACGCGUACAGAGACGGUUGAAGAAGAAUCGUAAGUCUUCUUAAAGACCCAAUUCGAAGUCAGUCCAUUUCUAUCUAGGGUUUGUUUCUGUUCUUCACUCUGCAUCAACAAUGGGGAAGGGAGGAGCAAUCAGCGAAGGCGUUAUGAAGAAGAUCAUACUUUCCUACACAUACGUCUCAAUCUGGAUCUUCCUCAGCUUCUCAGUCAUCGUCUACAAUAAGUACAUCCUCGAUCGUAAGAUGUACAAUUGGCCAUUCCCAAUCUCUCUAACCAUGAUCCACAUGGCGUUCUGUUCAUCAAUCGCUUAUCUUCUCGUCCGGGUUUUCAAAUUAGUCGAGACAGUUUCCAUGACACGCGAUAUGUAUCUCAGAUCCGUCGUCCCCAUCGGCGCACUUUACUCUCUCAGCCUCUGGUUUUCCAAUUCGGCUUACAUCUACUUAUCCGUUUCUUUCAUUCAGAUGUUAAAAGCUCUCAUGCCCGUCGCGGUUUACUCUAUAAGCGUUCUAUUGAAGAAAGAAGGGUUCAAAUCUCAAACAAUGACGAACAUGGUUUCGAUCUCGAUCGGUGUAGCAAUCGCAGCUUACGGCGAGGCUAAAUUCAAUACGUGGGGAGUUAUGUUACAGCUUGGAGCGGUUGCGUUUGAAGCUACAAGACUUGUUUUGAUUCAGAUCUUGCUUACAUCAAAGGGUAUUUCACUAAACCCGAUUACUUCUCUGUAUUACGUGGCCCCAUGUUGUUUAGGGUUUCUCUGUAUUCCUUGGAUCGCGGUUGAGUUUCCGGUUUUGAAGGAAGCGUCUAGUUUCCGAUUUGAUUAUUUCAUAUUUGGGACGAAUUCUUUGUGUGCUUUUGCUUUGAAUCUGGCUGUGUUUUUGUUGGUGGGUAAGACAUCGGCUUUGACUAUGAAUGUUGCUGGGGUUGUGAAGGAUUGGUUGUUGAUUGCGUUUUCUUGGUCGGUGAUUAAGGAUACUGUAACGCCGGUGAAUUUGAUUGGAUAUGGAGUUGCGUUUUUGGGUGUUGCUUAUUAUAAUCACGCUAAGUUGCAGUUGCUUAAGGCGAAGGAUGAAGAAAAGAAAGCUUCUAAUUCUCAGACUGAUGAAGAAACUGGUAGAUUGUUGGAAGAAAGACAAGUGGUGGAUAAUAAUAGCAAUGCUGCUGCUGCUGCUUCUUCUGUCAAGAAGAUUGAAUUGCAGGGAUGAAAAUGAAUUGAUGAUGAUCAAGAAUGAAUCUUUUUUUAGUUCUAUGCGUUUUGGUAAAUCUAUUUUUAUCUUUUACAAUUUUCAGUUUUUUAUGUUUUAGAGAAGAAGAAGAAGAAGAAGAAGAAGAAGAGGGUUUCUUUAUGGAGGACAUCUAUUUUUCAUUUUAUCAAUCGUAUGAAUUAUAUGUUAUUCAAUAACUGUCCUUCUCAUGUUAGAUAUUUUUCUUUAUUUAAUAAGACUUCAAUUAUAAUUUA